AGCAUUUACUCCAAAUGUGUCGGGCGCCGGAUGUGGGUUCAUAUUCGAGCAAGGCUCAGAGCACUUCUCUAAACCAAAAUACUUCUCUGUUCAAUAUUUCAUAGUAUUGUGGUAGAGACGAAGAUCUGGAGACGAGCAAACGGCUGUUUCGUGAUCUUAUUUACUUUUACAUUUAUUUUUAUUGUUUUUGAAGACGCAUAGUAAGACAUGUCGAGCUUCGACGGCAAAGUCUCUGUGAUCGGGGGGGCAGAACUAUAUCAGGGGGCGGAAGAAUUGACGGCCCCAAAGUACAAUGUAUUGGCGAUUCACGGUCUGGGAAGCAUGGGAGUCCAAAAUGCGGCUUGGACUUGCAAGCAGGAGAAGGAGGCCACAUCUUGGCUCAAAAAUCUCCUUCCCAUCCACGCCCAUUGCUCCCGUAUCAUGACCUUUGAUUAUUGCUGCAAGGCAAUUCAUGAAGGAGUCUCGAUGGAUAACAUAAGGGGUUUGGCCACCAAGCUGCUUGAUCAGCUGCUGGAUAUGUUGGAGCCGAGCGUUUACGUUGUAUUUAUUGCGCAUGACCUCGGCGGACUGAUAGUCAAAGAGGCGCUUUCAAUAGCGAUCCAUUCUAGCAGGUACCAUAUCAUUUCCGGCAUGACCUCACUGCUCGUUUUCUUCGGUACGCCGCACCGCGUCUCAGGCUCGAAAUCUUGGGAGAGCAUAGCCAGUUGGCUCCUGCACGUGUCUGGCGAAGACACUCCCUACAGCGUUCAGCGGAUCAUCAAGACGGCACAGAUGUUGAGGGCAGCAAACGAAGGGUUUGACUCCAUGAAAAGUAUGUAUAGGGUCAUCAACAUACUCUAUCAGCAGAUCAGCCCGUCUGAGACAGCCGGCGCAUUGAUGUGGCAGGUGAGUGCUCCGCUGUUCCCAAGCAUUAGACUCAGAUUCAGCCAAGAUGGAGACGCAUAGAGAGAUAAAUAUUGGCCGUGAUGAAUCACAUGCCGAUAUCACCAAAUUUUCCGGCGAGAGGGACGAGGCGUUUGUGAGAAUCUACCGACCCGGGAUCCAAUAUAUGCAGUGUCUCGAAUUCCUAUCCGGCCUUGUCAGUCAAGAUGGAUUUGCCAAGCAGGCAUUGACCAGCCGGGAAUUCGGGGACAUGGAGUCUGGCGCUUUGCGACAGCUCGAAGGCAACGAAUUGUACAA